CUACAUCAGUGAACUCUUCCAUAUCAACAAUGGCGGUAAAAGCGGAUUUUGCGAAGUUAGAUUCAAUAGAAAGUAGGAAAAGCGGCGGAGAAAACCUUUAUCUGAGACUCUACCAGGCUAAAAUGGCGCAGAAUCCUAGCGCGCAUAGAUUCUCUGAUCCCAGCCUGGUUCAGAAGGAAAGGGACGCCCUGACAAGGUGGAUCCGAGACUGCGACGAUCGCACUUCGCCGCUGAACUUACAACUUCUGUUUGCCUUCUCCGUCCCAAGUCGAGAGGCUUUAGAUUUUAUCGUCGGAUUGAAGCGACAAAUUAUAUCUGUCGGAGCGGGUGUGGGCUACUGGGAAUUUCUGCUUCAACAGAGAGGAUGUGACGUCCUAGCCUUCGAUUCUAACCAAGUCUAUCCAGAGGGCCUGCAUUACAUCAGUGUUAAAACAGGAGGACCUGAAGUAUUAGCGUCUCAUGGCGACCGAGCAUUGUUUUUGGCGUGGCCUGAUGCAGAUGAGUCUUCCAAGCUGUCUACCGAUUGUUUGAACCACUACAAGGGUGACGUCAUCAUCCACAUUGGAGAACUGUUCGGUGAGACUUUAUCGAGCGAUCCCUGGGGUCAGUCCACGUCUAAAGCGUUCCAGCUGACUCUCGGAGAACGGUUCCGUUGCGUGACUCGGAUGCAGCUUCCCAACUGGCCGGGUCACGCGGACACGCUAACUCUGUGGAGGAGAAUCCCCGUGGCCGUUGAUUGUGACGGAGCGUUGUUUCAUUACUUCGAUCUUCCACGGAAAAGAUAUUGGCCAGAGUGUUCUACAUAGUCCUGUUGCAAUAUCUAGAAGCGAAUCUACAACCCCACCUUAAACCGGAAAGGAGGACUUUGCGUAGAACUCUUCCAGGGCUUGAAAUACUUUUUUCUGCAUACCUGAACUGGUACAGGUAACAUUGGUAAUUACCUGCACCAGACAAAUUUUACACAAUGUACCUGCACCACUCUGAUUUUAUAAAGUAUGGAUCAUGAUCAUACUAAAGUUG